AUGUCAUACAUUAGCAGCAGUACAAGAUGUCUCCAACUGUUAGAGAAGUGCAAGAACCUAAAGCACCUCCACCAAGCUCAUGCCCAAGUCUUCACUUGUGGCCUUGCCCACAACACCUUUGCCUUAAGCAGACUCCUAGCCUUCUGCUCAGACCCACAUCAUGGCAGUGGCAGCCUCUCUUAUGCCCUUAAACUGUUCCACCACAUUCCCCAACCCACCCUUUGCAUCUACAACACCAUCUUAAAAUCCCUCUUGCUCAGAAAUGAGCUCACCCACACCCUAAAAGUUUACACCCACAUGUUGCAGAGUGGUACUCACCCUGACAACUAUACCCUCCCUUAUGUCCUAAAGGCCUCUGUUAAACUCCAAAGCUGUUCUCUUGGGGAGCUGCUUCAUGGGUGCAGCUUCAAAUUGGGUUUUGAGUCUGAUAUCUAUGUGGGUAACUCCCUGAUGGUUAUGUACUGUGCGUUUGAUAAUGUGAAAGGCGCGCGUUACGUGUUCGACGAAAUGUCUAGCCUGAGUGCUGUGUCGUGGACGGUGAUGAUUUCUGGGUAUGCAAAAGUGGGUGAUGUGGACACGGCUAGAAUGUUCUUUGAUGAGGCUCCUGUGAGAGAUAGAGGAAUAUGGGGUGCCAUGCUUUCUGGGUAUGUGCAGAACAAUUGCUUCAAGGAAUGUUUGUACUUGUUCCGGUCAAUGCAGGCCAGUGAUUUAGAGCCUGACGAGGCUGUUUUUGUUAGUGUGCUAUGUGCUUGUGCUCAUUUGGGAGAUUUAAAUAUUGGGAUUUGGAUUCACUCGUAUCUGAAUCGGCUUGGGCUGCCAUUGAGUGUUAGAGUCGGUACUGGUCUUAUUGACAUGCAUGCCAAAUGUGGGAAGUUGGGUUUAGCUAGAGGAGUAUUUUAUGAGAUGCAGCAGAAGGACACGGUUUGCUAUAAUGCUAUGAUAUCAGGAUUGGCACUGCAUGGGGAUGGAAAAGGUGCACUGGAGCUGUUCAGGGAGAUGGAGGCGGCUAGCGUCAGGCCAGAUGAUAUCUCCUUCAUUGCUGUGUUUACUGCUUGUAGUUAUGCAGGAAUGGCGUGUGAAGGGUUGAGGAUGUUGGACAAAAUGUGUAAUGUAUACAAUAUUAGGCCGAAAAGUGAACAUUAUGGAUGUAUUGUUGACCUUCUAAGUCGCGCUGGUCUCUUUCAAGAAGCAAGGGAACUAAUAGACAGAAUGCCCAGUUCAAGUAAUGUAUCUGAAGAAGCAGUAGCUUGGAGAGCUUUUCUCAGCGCUUGUUGCAACCAUGGACAGGCUGAACUAGCUGAGGUUGCUGCUGAGAAACUGUUUCGGCUAGAGCAUCAUAGUGGAGUGUACGUCUUACUUUCAAACUUAUAUGCAGCUGCUGGGAAGCAUGGAGAUGCCAGAAGAAUUAGGAAUUUGAUGAGAAAUAGAGGAGUAGAUAAGGCACCGGGCUGCAGUUCAGUUGAGAUUGAUAGAGCAGUUUAUGAAUUCAUCGCAGGGGAGAAAACUCACCCUCAAAUGGAAGAAAUUCAGAUAGUUUUGCAGACUAUAAACAAGCAAAUGGAACUUUCGGUCAGCCAUCAUCCCAGCUCUUUUCAACUUUCGGUCAGCCAUCGAUCUCUAAGCGUUGACUUCUGA